GACAUUUUUGACAUCCUGUUAUUUUUGUCUUGUAUUUUACUUUCUUGUCAUUUCAUUGGAAAGUUUCAUCCAUUAUCCAGAUUAUUCUCAAAGUAUUUUUUCCAAUUUGGGGGAAAACAUGGUUGUUACUGAGACUGACGUUGAGAUGAAAAAUGCAGAUAGCCCUCCAGGUCUAGAAGCCGGGGACAGCAAACGGGACACUGACGUACAGAGUAUCCUGGAAAUACGUGAGCAUGCAAGACAAAUUGAAAAAUCUGUAACAAGUAAAGAAAAUCGAUUCAUUCUUCGAGUCCUUAGGUGCUUACCUAAUACUAGAAGAAAGCUUAAUGGUGUAGUCCUCAGGAGUCUCAUUACCCAAAUCUACCCACUAGCUGAUAGAGAAGCUUUGUUUAACUUCAUUGAGGAAGCAACUGGAGAAGUAGACAGCACACAAACAAGAGCCAGAUCCGCCACUAAGUCCCCAUUACCUGAAGUUGAUGCCUACAUAAAUCUACUAAUUCUUGUCCGUCUGAUUGACACUAGCAAAUUACAAGAAGCUGAAAGAUGUUCACAGGCCCUCAUGAACAAGAUAACUAGUCAAAAUAGACGUACUAUUGAUCAUAUUGCAGCUAAGUGCUACUUUUAUCAUUCACGAGUUGCUGAACUUUCUAAUAAGCUUGACUCCAUAAGAGCCUUCUUGCACUCAAGACUAAGAACAGCCACUCUAAGAAAUGAUUUUGAGGGACAAGCUGUAUUGAUAAACUGUUUAUUAAGGAAUUAUCUUCACUAUUCCUUGUAUGACCAAGCAGAUAAGCUAGUAAGCAAAUGCGUUUUUCCAGAAACAGCUAGCAAUAAUGAGUGGGCAAGAUUUUUAUACUACUUGGGUAGAAUCAAGGCAGCAAGAUUAGAGUAUAGUGUGGCACAUAAACACCUUGUGCAAGCAUUGAGAAAAGCACCACAAAGUGCUGCUAUGGGAUUUCGUCAGACUGUUCAAAAGCUGCUUGUUGUAGUAGAACUGUUGUUAGGAGAUAUUCCAGAGAGACAGAUUUUCAGACAAGCCAGUAUGAGGUGUUUUUUAGCACCUUAUUUCCAACUCACUCAAGCUGUUCGCAUGGGAAAUUUGCAAAGAUUUGGAGAGGUCUUGGAAAAUUUUGGACCACAGUUCAGGACUGAUCACACUUUCACCUUGAUUCUCAGAUUGCGUCACAAUGUAAUCAAAACUGCAAUACGCUCAAUUGGGUUAUCUUAUUCAAGAAUUUCUCCUCAAGACAUUGCCAAAAAGCUUGGCCUGGACUCUGCUGAAGAUGCUGAAUUCAUUGUUGCAAAGGCUAUAAGAGAUGGAGUCAUUGAAGCAACUUUGGAUCCCCAAGGGGGCUACAUGAGAAGCAAAGAAAGUACAGAUAUUUAUUGUACUAAGGAGCCUCAGAUGGCUUUCCAUCAACGUAUCUCCUUCUGCUUGGAUUUACAUAAUCAAAGUGUUAAGGCAAUGAGAUACCCACCAAAAGCAUAUGGUAAAGAGUUGGAAUCAGCAGAAGAACGCAGGGAAAGGGAGCAACAGGACUUAGAGUUAGCAAAGGAAAUGGCUGAAGAAGAUGAUGAUGGCUUUCCUUGAAUUAUUAUUUAGUGAAUUAAUUAUAUCUCAUAGUUACUCUUUUGUCUACAUUGCAUCAAUAUAAGUUUGCUGUG